GCGCAUGCGCGCUUCGGCCGCUGCCUCACGGGGAAUCCAUUCCAGAUCCCUGGGAAAGCUUGUCCUCCAUCCACACUCCCAUGCUUCGGUGCUCGAGUCUCCGGGGUGGGGGCCUCAGCCGGCCCUACCCUAGGCUGGCCUCUCUUUUGCAUGCUGGUCGGGGUUGGGGCGGGGCAAUGGGACUCCUUCUCCCACCCAUCGUGGGGUCAGGCAGGUUAGGCCUCUGGCUGCCCCCAUCGCUUUUGGGGCUCUUUCCCCGCCUCAUUACCCGCCUUUUUGGGGACGUCCCGCAGGUCAGCCCGGCCAAGAAGAGCCGGCCCGAAGACGGGCCCGGCGCCCCCUCAUCUCCCCUGAGCCCCGAGCAGUUGGACCGGAUCCAGAAGAACAAGGCAGCGGCCCUGCUCAGGCUCGCCUCCCGCAACGUCCCCGCGGGCUUCGGGGAGAGCUGGAAGCAGCAGCUUAGCGCAGAAUUCAGCAAACCUUAUUUCAUCCAGCUAAUGGGAUUUGUUGCAGAAGAACGAAAACGCCAUACUGUCUACCCACCUCCAGACCAAGUUUUCACCUGGACACAGCUGUGUGAAAUCAGAGAUGUCAAAGUUGUCAUCUUGGGGCAGGACCCAUAUCAUGGACCCAAUCAAGCUCACGGACUCUGCUUCAGCGUCCAGAAGCCUGUCCCACCCCCGCCCAGCUUGGAAAAUAUUUAUAAAGAGCUGUCCACAGACAUCGAAGGCUUUGUCCACCCGGGGCACGGAGAUUUGUCUGGGUGGGCCAGACAGGGUGUUCUCCUCCUCAAUGCCGUGCUCACUGUCCAGGCCCACCAGGCCAACUCCCAUAAGGAGAGAGGCUGGGAGCAGUUCACUGACGCCGUGGUGUCUUGGCUGAAUAAGAAUCUGAAUGGCCUCGUCUUCAUGCUCUGGGGGGCUUACGCUCAGAAGAAAGGCCUCUCUAUCGACAGGAAGCGCCACCACGUUCUGCAGACUGCCCACCCCUCUCCGUUCUCAGUCCAGAGAGGGUUCUUUGGAUGCAGGCAUUUCUCCAAGACUAACGAGUUGUUAAAGAAGUCUGGCAAGAAACCGAUUGAUUGGAAAGCACUUUGAAGUGGUUGGAGCUGAGCAGGACUGGAGGCUUCUGUUUGUCUUGGCUAGGACAAGCUCUUUGUUGGGGGCUGGGGGUGGGGGAUUUGUAGAAGUCAGAGUCUUCUGCCAAGGCAGGUGCCAAGGCAAGAUUAGGGUUAACAGAAAAUUAACGCACCAUUUUUUCUGCUCAGCCAACAAGUUAAUUUGCGUUUGGCAUCUGGCCCUGUGCAGGUGGUCUGCUUGGUUAGCUUUGGGUCAUCAGAAGAUAGCUUGUCGUUUUAUUAAGAUGCUUUUAAUUCACUGUGACCGGAAAGGAAAACAUUGUUUUGCACCACCAAAACUUUUCUUUUAAGCCAUGGAGGAGUCUAUGAAAGGAAAAUUGCAUGGGGGGGGGGGAUGCAAUGGACCCGGAACUCUGGAGGAUUUUUUAGCUCCCUGGUGGUUCGGGUCCUGGAAGGUAAAGAGGGAGGAGCCCCCUGCUCAUUGAAAGGUCUGCAGGAUCAUGUUACCUUUGCAGGAGUCAUUCACAAAGUUCUGUCGUGGGAGAAGACGACGGGUUCCUGUUUGGGGGGGGGUUGUUCUUUUAACUGAGAUUCCAAAUUUGAGAUGUUUGCUACUGAGCAUUUUAAAAUAUCCGCCACAAGUUUGUAAAGGAGAAAAAAUAUUUUCUCCUUUUUUUUGCCCCCCUAGUCCCCUUUCCCAUUGAGAUGACAGAAUCCAUCAGUGGCCAAAUAUUUGGGGAGCCCUAGAAUGCACACUGAUCUUUCUCUUUAAAGUAACAAAUAUUAUCGUGCCUUAGCAUUCUGGGAGCCAAGCCUUGGCUGGAAAUUUCACUGAUCAAAUGCUUGUCUGUCAUUUUCGGGGUUAGAGUUAGGAAUUUGAGGAUCGGGAAGAGGGUGGUAGAUUUUUUUUUUCUCUUGGGAAAAAUUCCUUUAUUAUAAGCUUGUCUCACAGUUGGGACUUUGUCAAAGCAAUGCUGAUUAUAUGAAACAAGGUUUAAUUUUUAUGGACUAUAAAAUCAGUUUUACAUUUUUUGUAAUAUGAAACGUUUUGCUGUACUUUAUUUUUUUAUUACACAAGCAUUUUUUUUAAAGUUUUUUAUUUUUGUUGAGUGUGUGUGUGUGUGUGUGUGUGUGUAUAAAUCAUCUAUUAAUGGGAUAUCUUGUUAAGACCAGCCCUGGCUUAUGCUGCUGUCGGGGCUGUUGUCUGAUUUUGAUAAUAAAAGAUGAUUUAAUUCUU